CGAGCCAGGAAAGGCUUCUGUUGCAGCUCACAACUGGUCUUUUCAAAAGCCUAAUCUUUUAAAAAGAAAUCUUCCGUCCUUUCACCAUGGAGGUCCAGCGGUAUCCCCUCAGUGUGCGCGUAAUUGGAGUGAUGCACAAGGAGAAGAGCAAAAUGUAUAUGACCUCCGUGCUUUGGUCGGACCAGAACGAUAUUGUAGUUUAUAGAACCUUUCGGGAUUUUAAGAAAAUGCAUAGACAGAUGAAGAAAGCAUUCCCAUCCGCAAGUAAACUGAAAAAAUCCGACAGAGUCAUCCCCAGAUUUCGAGACAAAAAGAUGAAGAGCAGCGGGCGGAAGAAGAAGGGCCCCACCAAGUCACUGGUGCGCCUCAAGUUCUUGCAGAAAUAUUGUGAUGAACUUCUGAGCUGCGACCCGCGGGUGUGUCAGUCUGCAGACCUCAUCCAGUUCUUCCAACCCAAAGCUCAGGACCUGCAGCCGGAGUUCUCCAAUAACAGCAUCAUGAUCAUGCCGUCAGACGAUGAGCUCGGGGCCAACGCGGGACAUGGCAACGGUGGCAAUGUGACCCAGCCGUUUGUCACAGAGACGUACAGAUGCGUGGCCCCGUACGAGACCAAAGACACCAAGAACAAACCUUUCAAAGUGGCGGUGGACGAAAAUGUGGACGUACUCAUCAAAGACAAAGCGGGGUGGUGGCUUGUGGAGAAGGAGGACAAGCGGAUGGCCUGGUUCCCAGCCCCCUACCUGGAGAAGGUAGAUGAUGACGACGAUGAAGAGGACAUAGAUGGGACUCCUGAAAGAGGAAUGAUGUACACUGCGGUUAAGGGCUACAAUGCCACCAAUGAUGAUGAGAUAACCGUAGGUAUGGGUGCAGUGGUGACAGUCCUGCAGAAGUCUGAGAACGGCUGGUGGCUCAUCAGAUACAAUGACAAAGCAGGUUACAUCCCCGCCAUGUACCUGCAGCCCUACAGAUACCCUCAUAUCCGCUUAGGGGCUGAUCAUCAAGCUCGUCGCGCCUCCUCCCCGCUCCAAGUCCCUUUCCUGAGCCUGGAGCAGCAGUCUCACCAGUUCAGCCGCUCACAGGGAAACCUGCUUCAACUUCCACCUGUCAGGUCUUCCUCAGCCCGCCCGCUCCAAGCAGACAGCAGGCAGAGAUCACACUCUCUCACCGUCCAGUCUGAACAACCACUCGCUCAGCCCGCUGCAAGCACCAUGGCUGCCACGGCCUCUGCUGCCACGACCUCUGCCGCCACAGUUCCCAACACACCCACAACUGGAACGCUUUCUCCUCCACCCACAAUCAUGGUGGAGAUGGACGGAGAUGAGGAACGUGGCAUGAGCCUGACAGCGGACAGCGAGGGAAGCCUUUCGAGCGAAAGCGACUUCAGCUUCAGCGAUGACCUCAGCUCCUCCUCGGCAAGCUCGACCUUCAACCUCAGCCACAGCGCCAAUGACGAGCAGCUGCGUCUCAGCCGUACGCCUCCCCCAAUGGCGAGCAACCGCCUGAACCCGACAAGCGGCCAAGAGGGGAAAAUGAUGCCCAGCGUCUCUGAUCCCAACCUCUACAAGGGCCCGACAACACCUAAGGUGCCACCCAGACCAAGGGCCCAGGAGAUCCUCACCAGGUGUACCACCGUCACCCGCAAGAACGCAGCCAGGGGCACCCUGUCACCCACACAAACUGAGAUACUGAGUCGAUGAAGCUUCUGUUGAUCCCAGUUAUAGCUGUUUUUAUUAUAAGGGGACCUCAUCUGUUCUGUGGCCCAAACAUGGAGUUCUGCUAAUUACAGCUGCUUGUGAACUUUCUUUAAUGAGUGAUUAGAAAAUGUGAGAGAGGGUUUUCAGAAAUGUGUGUAAAGAGUUGGAAUUAGUUAAGAAUUAAGAGGCAUUGCACCAGAUGCAUUGAGAUGAGAGGGAAAACUUCAGCGCUAUGAAGUUGUGCCAACACUUUAUUUCCCCCAGUGAAGUUGUAUUGAUAGAAAUGUGACUUGUCACACAGUCUCAUUAAUGAUGUUUGCAUAACCUUUGAAGAGACCACCAACAGUCAACUUGUUUGCAAAGCCAGGCAAAUCAGUUUAUAUAUACAUAUGUACAUGUGGAUGAUUAAUCAGGAUACAGAAAACAUUAAUAUACACCGCUUCACUAUCUGUUUUAAAUGAUCAUUUAUUUUCCAUAAUGGAAACCUUGUGUUGUGCCUUAUAUGCAUUUUGACUGUGCUGCGUGCACAGACAGAGAUUGAUUUCUUCUUGCGACUGCAGCACAGGUAAACAUUUGUCUGAAAUACCAGUGUGUGCAGACGGGUCGAUUUCCUGCUACAGCGUGUUUACAGCCAACUCAACUUGAAGAAUGGGGUAUGUGUGUACUGUAAAUAAACACUGAAUAUACACUCCAGAAAAUAACCAUGUAAAUUCUGAGUGUAUUAACAUGUUACUGAAGAGCUUGGAACAAAUAAAAGCAU